AUGCCCGGAGACAUGCGAAUCUUUUCCUUAAUUGUUGCUGGGCUCUUGCUUCUCCUUCAGCUUCACCCAGCCAAGGGAGCAAUUUACAGAAGAUACCUCUGUAAACAACUGGAGGGCCGAUGUGAAAUUAACUGCCUUAUCUUUGAAGAAAAGAUUGGAGGCUGCCGAGCUGACUUAACACCACUGUGCUGCAGAAAAAGAAAGAAGAACUGA